AUGAAAUUAUCAUUUUGGCAAUUAUUACUAGUUCUAUUCAUAAUGAUGAAUUUUUGUCAAUGUCGAAAAUGGCCUAAUUCAAAAAAGAAUAAAAACGAGAUUUAUGAACGAUUAUACCAUGCCACAUAUCGAUCAUUAUCAUCAUUAUUACCUCCACGCUGUUCUCAAGUUUUAUUCGAUGAUAAUAAUACACAAUCUCAAUAUAUAUCUCCAAAAGGUUUAUCGGGUCGUGUUAUACCAGUUGGAACAUUUCCAAGCACAAUAUUAGCUCUUGAGUAUUUAUAUGGAAUUCUUUGUCCAAUACGAAAUUUACCACCACGAGAAAAUGCUAUUCAAUCAUUUGAUUUAGUACGAAUUGCUUAUGAUGAAAAAUAUUUGAUCACACACAUUGAAUUUAUAGCAUAUUUAGGUACUAAUAAUACACGAAUGACCUUUUUUACAGCUAUUGCUUUUGAUAAAAAUUAUAAAGUAUGUGGAUAUGAUGGACAAAUACGAAAUCCCGGAUUAACAUUAGAUCCACGUACAAAUGAACAACGUGAAGCAAAAAUAAAUACGAUAUGUACUGUUACACAAAGAUUCUGUACAGGAACAUUACAACAAUAUUCAAGUUUCAAUGAUUGUCAACAAUUUUUAAGAACACAAAUACCUUAUGGUACUUAUGAUAGAGCAGAUCAAGGAAAUGUUAUUUGCCGUUUUGUUCAUACAUAUUUUGUACCUUUAUUUCCAUCUAUACAUUGUCGACAUGUUGGUCCAAGUGGAGGAGAAGCAUGUACUGAUAAAACAAUCGACUUUUAUUAUAACCAACCAAAUUUUCUGGCUUGUGCUCAUAAACAAUAA